AUGGAACAUGAAGAAAAUGCUAGGAAGAUGAAUGCAGCAGUUUUUGAAUCUGCUGAAGUCUGCAAAUCUAUGACCGAAAAAGUCAAUAAACUAAUUUCUAAGAUGAUCAAUUUCAUGGAAACUUAUAGAACAACCUAUAAGCACAAUACUGCCUCUGCAAAUGAAGCCCUUCAGAACUUGGUGCAAUGUUUCAGACUGAGAAGAUCAAUUUGGAAAAGAUUUGCACUGGGCUGCAACAAGACUCUGCAUCGUUCCAAACAUCUCUUACUUCUUAGAUUACAAAGCUUCAGGAUGAAUCGACGAUGGAUAAGAUCCGCAUUGGGCUGCAACAAGACCCUUGCGAGGAAGACAGAAAAUGUCAAGGUGUUAGAUACUAAACUUCAACAGUCUGAUAAACGGGUCCAUGAUUUGUUAUCAAAGAAGGAGGCAGUGCGAACUUGCAUUACUGAUGUUACCAGUUUACUCUCUGAUAUCAUUGAGACCAGGGACUCAAUGAUAUCUAUUACACUUCAUAAACACCUUGCUGAGAAGUUAAACCCUGUCUUCGCAAUGUUAUAUCGGCUGCAAGGUGUUUCUCCUCAGUCUUCUAAAUAG